GCAGACCCGGAACAGCGCGCCAGCAUUGCCAGAUAUGGAUGAGGUGGACGCGGCACAAGCUGGGACCAGCGAGCUGCCACGACUGCAGUGGGCUGCUGCGCAGGAAGUACCUCUGUGGGACAUUAGCAAUUGUGUCCUGCAGGAGGGGCAGAUUCUCAUAUCCCCAGAGGACGAGCCAACCGUGUGGACCAGGAACCGUUUCAACAGCCUGUCCAACAACAGCAUGCAGAACCUGGUAGACAUCGACACAGAAUGUACUCCAGACCAUGUUGGCCUGCCAGGUGGUCCUCGGCCGGAGAGCCAUGGUGGUGUAAAGGCACUGAUCAAGCGACGACUACUGGAGAACAAGGCCAAGAGGAAUAGUAACACCCAACUUAACCCAAAUGCCAAAGGAUCCAGGCGGUACAGUUCUCGUGAUUCACUGUCGAUUCCAAUGGAGAGUCUGGACCUGAGUGCAGACGUCACCACAGUCAUCAGACCGGUCCACAGCUCCAUUUUGGGAGAAAAAUACUGCUUUGAGGUGAUAACUUCAGACAGCACACACUGCUUCGGCUGCUCCUCAGCGGCAGAACGUGACCGUUGGAUUGAGGACCUCCGACGAGCCGCCCAGCCCAAUAAAGACAACAUUGGGCGAACAGAAAACUCCAUGAGCCUGUGGAUAAAUGAAGCCAAGGAUCUCCCACCCAAGCGUCGUUACUACUGCGAGCUUCACCUGGAUGGCGUCCUGUUCGCUCGCUCCAGCAGCCGUGCGGUUCAAAAACCAUCGAACCACUCCGGUCUGGCCGGGGACGGUUCGACCAGUUCCUCGGGAGGGUUGGGGGCAAGUGGAGGUGCCACCGGUGGGGGUCAAAUUUUCUGGGGCGAGUUCUUCGAGUUAGACAACCUGCCCUGCGUCUCCCAGAUCACCUUGCACCUACUUCGCGAGGAAGACCCCAAGAAGAAACGCCACUCCAAAGAUGAGACCACUUUGCUUCCGAUGGGCAGCGUGGCCAUUCCUUUGGCCGACAUCCGAGGGAGGACCUAUCAGGAGAAAUGGUAUCCUAUCACUCCGUUCAAGGCCUCCAGCACAGCGGGGAACAAAGAGCUGCUGGGAACCCAGAUGUCACUUCGCAUUAAAGCCCGUUUCCAGAACAUGAAGGUGCUGCCCAUGGAGAAAUACAAGGAGUUUGCCGAGUACGUGAUGGUGGAUUAUGUCGAAAUGUGCCGUAAUCUGGAGCCACUCCUGAACGUCAAAGAGAAGGAAGAGCUGGCAGGAGCUCUGGUCCAUGUUCUACAGAGUAUCGGGAAAGCCAAGGAGUUCCUCAUUGAUUUGGGUGGUGCCGAGGUGGAACGCCUGGGAGAGAAGGAAGCGCUCAUCUUCAGAGAGAACACGCUGGCCACCAAAGCUAUAGAUGAAUAUAUGAAGCUGGUUGGCCAGAAAUACCUUAUUGACACACUAGGGGACUUCAUUACGCGUCUCUAUGCCUCCGCCGAGAACUGUGAGGUCGAUCCCCUAAAAUGUUUAUCUGCCUCAGAUUUGAACAACAACCAGAGGCACUUGAGGGAAACCUGUGAGGAGGUAGUGCAAAAGAUAGUCGACGUCCAUGGGUCUUUCCCUGAAGAGUUAAACAGAAUCUUCUCCAGCUGGGCAGAGCUGUGUGAAGACCAGGGCAGACCAGAGAUCAGCCAGCGCCUUAUCUCUGCUUCUCUCUUCCUGCGUUUCCUGUGUCCUGCCAUCCUCAGUCCGUCUCUCUUUGGUCUCACACAGGCGUACCCGGAAUCAAACACCCUGAGAACGCUAACGCUAACUGCCAAAGUCAUCCAGAAUUUGGCCAACUUUACCUUGUUUGGUGAGAAGGAAGAGUACAUGCUCUUCAUGAAUGAGUUCUUGGAGCAGCACUGGAACGGAAUGAGGACAUUCUUGCAGACAGUUUCCAGUUCAGACACUGAAGUCCCGAUGACUUCCUUUGAUGGCUACGUUGAUCUUCCUCUGCGUCUGGCUGUGCUUCAUGGUCUGCUGGUGGACAUCAUUCGCCAGAAGCAUCAGGAUACUAUUGACAGCCUGCACCCGCUGCCAUCAAUUCUGAACCAGAUCACAGAGUUUCUGGGCCCUGAGAUGCCUCGAAUCCUCAUCAACAGCAAAACAGGUCAGAUCAAGCCUGUCUACGUUCCACCGAAAGACUUGAAGAAUUACAGUCCCCACCAGUCGUCCAUGCAGCAGCUUCCAGUGGACUCGAAAGGCUUGCGAGAUGGAGAUGUUAGGACUCGGAAGAAUACACGAGAGAAAGCGCAAAUCAAAAGAACCCACAGCGCCCCCCACCGACCUACAGCCUACGCAAAACGUGCCCUAAAAAGGCAGACAAGUUCGGAAACUCUGCCCACAUCUGAACCCGAUCAAGAAACGGAGACCAGCCCCCUGGACAUCUCACAGCCAAAUACUAGCGUCAGUGUCAACCGUACGCCCGCUGCACCCGUUCCCUGGAUCAAAAACGGAAUCGGGAAAGAGCCUAGUGAGAUGAAGGCCGAGAACGAGGAGUUCAAGAUACUGGACAGGCACGAUCAGGAGCUGUCAGAGCUUCGUCUGGGAGUUGAACAGGUGACGGAGCGAGAGCUGGACAUGGCCAAGCGUCUGGAGGAUUUCAUCAUACAGAGUCAGGACCACAAUGCAAUGCUGCAGGCAGAGGUGACUGAGCUGCGCAGUAUGCUGGCUGAGAGGGAGGAGCAGCUCACCAGUGCCACCUUCAGACUUGGUGUGAUUGAAGAGGAAAGAGAAGAACAUGACAGGAACCUGAGCGUCGCACUGGCAGCAGUUGAUCGAAUGAACGUACUGGAAGAACAGUUUGCUGUUCUGAUGAAGGACCUUCAAAAACUCAACGAGGCCCACAACAGCAACAACAGCGGCCACAACAACACACAGCAUCCAGACAAGCAUCACGUCAACAAUGUCUGAAAAAUCACAGUUUUGUACAUUUUCUAAAUAUGCAGCACAUUCAGUUCACCUGGAGCUUGGACAGUUUACUAGUUAUAAGUAAGUUUAUAUCGUUCACGAUGAAUCCGUAAAUUAACAGUGACUCAGGUGAAACAAAGAUAUUAUCUUCAUUUAGGUUUUUACUGUAUCUCAGCUAAAAACGCAUUGCACUCUAAAAGCUUUCAGAAAAAUAAAAAGAGAUCAAACCCCUUUUCUUUCCUUCUUUAUCUUGCGAACAAAUAGCCGUUGUUUGCGUGUUGUAGUUUGCCCUUUUUUAUUUUUCUAACUUUUAUCAUAUAUAAAUAUGUUUCAUACAUCAAUAUACAUUGUUUUCUGUCAAAAACUCUUGUGUUCUUCUUGUCUUACAGAUGUCGUUGCAUCUUGAAUCAAAAUUAAAAUCUACAUUGGUCCA